AAGAAAACAAACGAAAAAAAAGCAAUAAAGAACGCCCAAGUCACCGCUCACCACUCCUUCCCUUCAAACACCCCACUGGUCUAUCUGCCUCCUCUGCCAUCGCAACAGCGCCAGCAUCUACUGCUCUGCUUCAGCUCUGCAACAAUGGACCCACUGCUUCCUUGCUCCUCCCCCUAAAAAGGAGAAAAAAAGGCCUCCUUUCUCUUUCUCUCUCUCUUUCCGCUUUCCCCAUUUUUAUCUAUCCGACUGCUCGCAUGCUAAUCCCCCUCCCCUUUCUAGCUUAAAUAAAUAAUGGAGAGCAGAAGAGAGAGAUUAGAUGCCAGAUGACAGAUGUAGCAGCUGGAUUCAAGGGGGGAAGAGAGGUUGGGGAGAGAAACAUAGUGGUGCAGGCGGUACGGAGAUGGCAUGGUUAGCCCGUCGCUUUUGACUCCUCCGCUUUUGGCAAAGCUGAUGUUAUAAGCGGAGCGCCCCCGGAAGAGCUCUAGAAAAAGGAUAACCCUUUUUUCGCUUUCGUAGCUUUCGUAGCUUUCUACCCCCUUCAUCUUCUUAUCUGUCGUAAAAAUUUAAUUUUACCGAGGGAUAAAGUGGUAUACCGAUUAAGAGAUACACACCACCUUUUCCCCGGCUUCUGCCUUGCGGGUUUGGUACCUAAUUUAAACGGUAGAUAAAGCCGAGCCUUUGCGCCUUUUCUCAUGGCCGCGGCAAUGGUUUUGUUUCUUCGGCUGGGCUAAUUGCUCGUGGGUCCAUUACGUGGUGACACUUUUAGGGUUAACUUCUUUGCGAGUUGCUGCGGGCGAUGGGGAUCGAUCUGAACACGAUCGAGGAGGAGGAAGAGGAUGAUCCGUCGGAGCUCCGGCCGCUUACCCCGUCACCGCAAGCUGGCGGUGUGGGUUCGGUGUGCCUUGAGCUGUGGCAUGCCUGCGCUGGGCCGAGGAUUUCUCUUCCAAAGAAGGGGAGCUUGGUGGUUUACCUGCCGCAGGGGCACCUCGAGCAUCUCGCCGGCGGGCAGCACGCUGGCGGAGGAGGGAUGCUGUUGCGUCACGAUGUGCCUCCUCACGUGUUCUGCCGGGUCGUAGAGGUCCAGCUUCGAGCAGAGGCAGCGACAGAUGAGGUUUACGCGCAGCUCUCUGUGAUUGCGGAAAGUGAGGGGUUUGACGGACAGAUUCACGGAGUUGCUGAGGGAGAAGGGGAAGAAGUGGAUGAGAUGGAUGCUGGAGACCAAUCUCCAAUUCCGCACAUGUUCUGUAAGACUCUUACAGCAUCUGACACAAGCACACAUGGAGGCUUUUCUGUACCACGCCGAGCAGCUGAGGACUGCUUUCCUCCGCUGGAUUACAGACAACAGAGGCCGUCCCAAGAGCUUAUUGCUAAAGAUUUGCACGGCCUAGAGUGGCGCUUUCGGCACAUUUACAGGGGCCAACCACGUCGGCACUUGCUCACAACAGGUUGGAGUGCUUUUGUCAACAAGAAGAAACUUGUCUCUGGGGAUGCUGUUCUUUUUCUUCGUGGGGGUAAUGGGGAGCUUAGAUUGGGCAUUCGGAGAGCCUCUCAACUGAAAGGCAACAUUUCGGGAAUUCAUAACUUGAAUGUUGGAGUUGGAGCACUAGCAUCACUGGCAAAUGCUGUCUUGACGAAAAAGAUGUUUCAAAUUAAUUAUAAUCCAAGGGUUAACCAAUCAGAGUUCAUUAUACCUUAUUGGAAAUUUAGGAAAAGCUGCAGUUAUUCAAUUUCUGUUGGGACCAGGUUCAAAAUGCAUUUUGAAAGUGAAGAUGCAGCAGAGAGAAGGUGCACAGGAUUGAUAACUGCCGUUAGUGACUUGGAUCCUGUCCAGUGGCCAGGCUCAAAAUGGAGGUGUCUUGUGGUAAGAUGGGAUGAGGAUGACGUGGACAACAGUUUACAUAAUAGAGUCUCUCCUUGGGAAUUAGAGCCCACUGGAUCAGUCUCUUGUCCAAGCAGUCUUUUAGUGUCUGGUUCAAAAAGAACCAGAAUUAGCAUUCCCUCACUCGGUACUGAUUAUCCACAUCCUAGUGGAAGUGGUUAUCAGAGCUUGCGGGAAUCUGCAAGGUUCCAAGAGGUCUUGCAAGGUCAAGAAAUUUUUGGUUUCAAAUCUCCUUAUAAUGGGGCUGAUGCAACUCUUCCUCAGCUUUCUGAGAUGAGAAGCCAUCAUCUGCCUGAAAUGAGGAGAUGCAUUGCCAAUCCUAACAGCUGCUUGUUAGCUGGCUCAGGAGGCAAUACCAGAGUUCCACCGGGAAACUCUGAUUUUUACUACCAGGGCACAGGCUUUGGGGAAUCUGUUCGGUUCCAUAAGGUCUUGCAAGGUCAAGAAAUUGUUCCAGUGUUGCCAUCAUUCCGUGGAAUGGCCAUUGAAAGCCUAAGAGAAAAUGAUGGAUCAAAAUUAUUUGAAUCAUAUGGUACUGGAAGGUGUUCUGCUGCACCACUUCAAGGAUACUGUACGUUCAUACAGCCAUGUACCCCAACAGCUCAAGUCUCGUCUCCCUCUUCAGUUUUGAUGUUUCAGCAUGCUGCUUCUCAACUCCCAUGCACUCAUUCAUUAUAUGACGCAAAUGAAAAGGAGAAAGCUGACAAUAGUAACUUAUCUGGUCCUUUCUCUUCAGCUGAUGCAGAUCAUGUGCAACAGACGUCCUCCACAACUCGUGUGCAGCCGCAGGCAUCCUUUGCCAAUGCCUUUAAUCAGGGAAAUGGUUUUACAAAAGAACAGUGUGAAAAUCUGAGUAUGUAUAAGGCACCGAUUCAUAAAAACAGUCAGAGCAUCCUUCAUGGUAAUGGUAGCAGUUGUAGGCUCUUUGGCUUUCCACUAACUGAGAAGAUUCCAGUUACUAAUGUGGUGAGUAGCUCUUUCAAUGAGUCUACUUUAUUAGAGGCUAGCAUUAAAUCAUCUUUCUCAAUCCAAAGGCCUCAAAUGCCAUCGAAAAAUACAGGUCAUGGAUGUACCAGAGCAGGUCUGUUAAUUUCCCGAAGCUUACUUGAUAUGCCUAUCUAAUGAAAGAUAUGGAGGAGGUUAUGAAUGAUUAUCUGGCAUUAUGGUUGUUAUCAUUCUCAAUCUCCGGAAUGUUGCAACAUCAGAGUGCAUUGCUGCAGCUGAUACCUAAUUUGUGGAAGCACCUUUAUCUAUUAAUAUAUUUUCUAUCUUUUCAAUGAUUAUCUACCUGUGACUUUGGUAAACCUGUGAAAUGCUUUUGAAGAUGCACUAUUGUACCUUUAAAGCAUAGUUAAACAUGGAUUAACACUGAACUCAACAUGGUUGUACUCUGCUGUAUGAAGCUGUGUAACAAUAUUUCUCUCAGCUGUGAACACAUGCAGCUAAUGCAAAACUUCUAGCUCUGAAUGGUAUUGCAUCCACUUGUGGCAUUGUUUA